UUCAUUGAGUAAUUGAGGAAGAGCAACAACAAAGCAAACACAGCAAAAUAUGUCAAAAUACGAACUGUGCCGGCUGAUAUGUGCUUCGCAUAUGAAACUCACACACAUACACACACACACUUAAACAUACAGCACAAGAAAUAGAAAAAUAUCCCAAAUAAAAUAAAUGAAAAGCAUUAACUGUAAACCGAGUGACGAGCGAAAUGCGCACGGAAAGCAUUUUUAGUUUAUCAGCAACUCAACGCCAGAAAGCAGCGGUGAAAUAUUGAUUUUGUGAUUUUGUGUUUCUCGGCGAAUAGCGAAAAUUUUGAUUAAUAAUUUAAUUAAAUUCUUUUUAAAUUUUAAUUGUGAAUUAAAUUAAUUCUUUCCGGAAAAGUUCUUAAAGCAGCGAAAAUUCGACGUACAAAAGGAAACAUGGCUUUGGGAACUUGCAUUUUGGGCAGCAUUUGUGUGGGCCUUGUCUGCGCACAAAUCGCACGCAGAGUUCUGCCAUGGCUGUAUUUGAACGUCUUUGGCCCCACUUUAUUCGGGCCAAAGGUCGAUUUACGCCGGCUGGGAGAUUGGGCUGUUGUCACGGGCGCCACCGAUGGAAUUGGAAAGGCGUACGCCAAAGCG